AUGGGCAGCUUCGUGAAGCACAUGGUUAUGUGCCACGCCUAUUCCAGGCAACCCUCCCACCGGCAGUUCCAUCCUCGUAGCGAGACAGCCACAUGCUCUUCCUCUACCGAAGGUCCAGCGGGGGCGUCUCGCAGGUGGGUCCUCGCCUCCUCAUGCUUCGCCGCAUCCGCGCUGCUGCCGGCCGUAGCCCAAAGACCCCCCUUGGCGGUUGCGGAGAGUUGGGGCGCCCGGUCCUACGUAAGGGAGAAGUAUUUCCAGCCGGAGAUAUCGCCGGAGGACUCGGUGGCGCGCAUCCGGCAAACCGCCGAGGGGUUGAGAGAGAUGAAGCACAUGCUAGAUACCAUGUCGUGGAGGUACGUCCUCUUCUACAUCCGGUUCAAGAUGGCCUACCUCUCCUCCGAUCUCAAGAAUGCCAUGGCCACGCUGCCGGAGGGCCGCCGGAAGCCCUACGUCACGGCGGCCAACGAGCUGGUCGACAACAUGGCCGAGGUAUGAAUACCUAAGAUCGCCCAUUCCAGUCUGACUGCCAAAUUUACUGACGUUGGUUUCGGUGGAAAAUUCUCCGUUCAGUUUUUCUAAUUUACAUUUCCAUAUUUAUUUACGCACAUUUAGGAUCAAAUCGUCAUUCUCUAUAAUACAGAUCUUGAUAUAUUUGAAUGUACUUUGUUGAUCAUCGAUUAAUCGUAGCUUCCGAACUUUCAUCCUAUGGUCAGCUGGAUCGGUACGUCCGUACCCCCAAGGUCUACGAGUCGUACGUCUACUAUGAGAAGACACUCAAGUCCCUGGACGAUAUCAUGGCGCAGCUUGCCUGA